AUGUUUCGGUUAGUAAGUAUUUUGGCAUUAAUUACUGUAGCGGGUGCUAUUCCAAUUGAUAAUGGUGUAGAAGGUGAACCAGAAAUUGAAUGUGGACCAACAUCUAUUACGAUUAAUUUUAAUACUCGAAAUCCAUUUGAAGGUCAUGUAUAUGUAAAAGGAUUAUAUGAUGAGCAAGGAUGCCGUAAUGAUGAAGGUGGUCGACAGGUAGCCGGAAUUGAGCUUCCAUUUGAUUCCUGUAAUGUUGCUCGGACACGAUCAUUGAAUCCACGUGGUAUUUUUGUUACAACAACAGUGGUAAUUUCAUUUCAUCCAUUGUUUGUUACAAAAAUUGAUCGCGCUUAUCGGGUACAAUGCUUUUACAUGGAAGCCGAUAAAACAGUCAGCGCUCAAAUUGAAGUUUCCGAGAUGACAACCGCAUUUGCAACACAAAUUGUACCCAUGCCUAUAUGUCGAUAUGAGAUCCUUGAUGGUGGACCAUCUGGUCAACCGGUUCAAUAUGGUACGAUUGGACAACCAGUAUAUCAUAAAUGGACAUGUGACUCAGAAACUGUUGAUACAUUCUGUGCGGUGGUACAUUCAUGUUUUGUUGACGAUGGUAAUGGUGAUAAAGUUGAACUAUUAAAUGCUGAUGGUUGUGCUUUAGACAAAUAUCUUCUCAAUAAUUUAGAAUAUCCAACUGAUUUAAUGGCUGGACAAGAAGCUCACGUUUACAAAUAUGCGGAUCGAUCACAAUUGUUCUAUCAAUGUCAAAUUAGUAUAACAGUUAAAGAACCAAACAGUGAAUGCCAACGACCGCAAUGCGUUGAACCACAAGGUUUCGGUGCGAUAAAAACACGAGGUAGUGUCGCAGCUGCAUCACGACAAGCUGCUGCAUUCAGGGUGUUGAAAAAGAGGGAUGUAAAAGAUGAAAAUAUUGUUGAUGUACGCACAGAUCUUAAUACAUUGGAUAUUAAUGAAGAGUAUGCUUCAUUGCCGAGUGCAUUGCGUCAUCGAUUAGCAACAACAGAAAAUGAACUUGGUCGUCCGGUAAUUGUUGCUACAAUGAAUCAAGGUAUUUGUAUGUCAGUAACCGGUUUUACAGUUGCCAGUGUGCUUACAUUUAUUAUUUUUGCUGUUGCUACAAUUGUUGCUAUUACAUUAUUACGAUCACAUCCUGCUAAAGCAUAA